AUGCUCGCCAACGCCGCUCGUCCCGCCCUUAGGAGGGCCGCCAUUGCCGUCGUCUCCCGACCGGCCGUUGGCGCCCUUACACCAGCCGCUGGAUAUGCCACUCUCAGAGAAAUCGAGGGACGUCUCAAGUCUAUCCGAAACAUCGAGAAGAUCACCAACACCAUGAAGGUCGUCGCCUCGACAAAACUCAACCGCGCCAUGCGAGCCAUGACCGAGUCCAAGGCCUUUGGUGAAACUUCCAACAAGGUCUACGAGGAGGCCGAGACGAAGAUCCCUCAGGAAGCCAAGACCCUCAUUGUCGUCGCCUCUUCGGAUAAGGGUCUCUGUGGUGGUAUCCAUUCCGCAUUGACCAAGGCCACAAGGAAGAAGCUGUUGGAGAACCCCAAUGCCGAUUUGGUUAUCCUCGGCGAGAAGUGCAAGGCUCAAUUGCAGAGAGAGAAGAGCCAGAGCAUUGUCUUGAGCUUUGCCAACGUAGGAAAGGAUAUCCCAACUUUCACUGAGGCUCAGGCCAUCGCGGACCAAAUAUUCCAGCUUCCCAAGCAAUACGACAACAUUGAAGUCCUCUUCAACUCUUACCUCAGCCCUGUCUCUUACGACCAGAAAACCAUUCAGACCUACUCUGUGGACUCUUUCCAGGAAUCCGCCAACUUCUCUGCUUUCGAAAUCGAUGACGAGGAACUACCCAACCUUCGCGAGUUCUCUCUGGCAAACGCAGUCUACUGGGCCUUGGCUGAGGGACACGCAUGCGAGCAGUCCGCCCGUCGAAAUGCCAUGGACAAUGCAUCGAAGAAUGCCGGAGAGAUGAUCCAAAAGUUCCAGAUCUUGUUCAACCGUACCAGACAGGCUGUCAUUACCGGUGAAUUGGUUGAAAUUAUCACUGGUGCUGCUGCGUCCGAAGAAUCGUAG